UAUAUUCUUGAAGAUCGUAAACGAUAUUUAGCAAGUUCACACACCUCCAGGUAGCCAAACUCUGUACAGCCUGGAAAUGCACCUGAAUUUUUAAGACCCAAAGCUUCGGUAAAGUCGUUCGGUACAUUUGGAUUGUCGGUUCGAAAUUUGAUUAUCUGCACGGUCUUAAAGACCAAAAAAUCCGUAUAGAACUACUUUUUAGACUUCUAUUCAACUUUUAUAUCUAUCUCAAGAUAAUUCUGGUAGUGCCUAGAAUAGCUUAUAUGCAUGCUUAAGGUAUGAAUGUGCAAGUGGCGAGCUAGUUGAGAUUCCACGACGGUUUCUAGGAGGAGGGGCGGGACAGGUUGUGAGUCUCCCCAAUCGCUCUUUUUGCCGGCUGCUUGUGGUCGCGUCUGGUUUUGGGAACGGCUAAUCAGUCGGUUUUUUAUUCUUGGCCAGCAUGGAGCUCCGUUGCGGUUGCCGGUUUGUCGUUUAGAGAGAGGCAAGAGUAGCUGGGAGAGACUCUCCACCAGACUUUUAUGUUUAUGGUUGUUCUUUUUGGUGUUGUCGUUGUCGCAAUCGCAGCCGUUUUUAGACCCGCGUCACAUUCGUUGUCAAUUUUGGGUUUCCAUUGUUGUUGGUUUAGAUUUGUGACUCGCCGAGUGUGCGUGCAUUGCUCAAAGCGAUCGGUGAUCGGUGAUCGCUUCUCAUAUUUGUUUACUUAAUUAUCGAGCUGAUCAGGCUGUGACGUCAGGUCGCCUAACGAAUCCACCGAAAAUCCAACAAGCGUGGAUCAGUUGGCCAUGGUUUCGCCUUGGAACAUUCUUUUCGUUAUUUGGCUCUCCGUGGGCGUAAAAUCUCUGGAGAUCGCCAGUAUCAACCAUCCCUGUGCCUACGCCCACACGGUCAACAUUACGGAUGGGUUGCGGUUGAAGGAUGGCUCCUACACAUAUGCUGGCGUAGUGGUCCCGCCGCAUCUGCUGGCGGAGUACUCCUUUAAGGUGAUCGAUGGAGUGGAGUACCGGGCCAAGAAGCAUCUACGCGGUUGCGUCUGCCUGCUGAAGCCCUGCAUCAGUUUCUGUUGUCCGGAGAACCUCAUCUUUGAUGCCAAGCACUGGAACUGCACAAAGCCACACCAAGUCCGGGAGUCCACUCACGUGGAGCUCACUUACGCCAAUAGGUCAGUGGAACAAGUUCGCAUUCGCGAUCGUUUUGUGGUGCGCACAGAGCUGGGUUGCCGGAACAAAUUCGUGGACAAAAAGCACGAGAACUUCUGGCAAUGGGACCUCUUCGAGAAUGGAACGCUUCAGCGGGACGAUCGCCUGUGGUCGACGGAUGAGUAUUGCUUUAGUCCGUUGGAGCACAAACCUGAGCAGUGGGAGCUCACUCCGCUCAACUGCGAACGCUUUCAAACGGGCUACCGGGUUUGGAUUUACGCUAUUUGUAAGUGGUUAUGUUUUGAAUACGUUCCAAAAUACGCUAAUCGUCAUUUCCUUCUAGGCAGUAUUAUAGCCAUCAUUAUAAACAUCUUCACACUCUCUCUCCUUGGCUCUGUGAGGGAUGCCCGGAAAAGCCACUAUGGCCAGCUAAUCAUCUACUACCUGCUUUCCAUGAUCGUGGGCUACUCCCUGCUGGUCUACUUGGCUUUGAAGAAUCCCAUGAAGCUCUCGCAUGUGGCUUGCAGAAACAUAGGAUUUCUGGCCUACUUCUGCAUCAUGCUCUCCUUCGUUUUUUUGGCCAUUUGCAGUCUUGACUUCCUGCUCAAAUUUAAACAAAAGUCUGUUAAGAGCUCGGUGCGUCAAUUGGGCUAUGCUCUGGCAGUCCUGGCGGUUGUUGGUCUUCGUUUCCUGGUGUCCUUUGCUCAGGACUCCAAGCUGCCCAAGCACUUUAAGCCAGGCAUGGGCGAAGAUUACUGCUGGUUUGAUGUUCGCACCUGGGGCAUUUUGAUAUACUACUACGGACCCAUUGCGCUUCUUCUGAUAUUCAGCAUUGUAUGCUGUCUCAAGGCCUACUUUUCCAUCUAUGAACUGCCACCAGAUACUCAGUACAUAUUGGGCACUCAACUGAAAAUCGUCAAGACCCACUUCUAUGCCUUUAGCGCCUAUAUAGUGGGCGUGUUUGCCGUCUGGAUUCGGGAAAUAGUCGUAUAUAUAAUGGCCAGAGUGAGAGAGCAUUUCUUCAUCAUUGACUUCUGGAGUGGAAUUUGCAUUCUGGGCCUGGCCAUAGCUGGUUUCAUUCUGCUACUUGGCAAGAAUUUACACGUCAAAUCCUGGUGGGCCAUCAAUGUGGAAUCAAGUCAGACAGAUCUGAGUAUUAUUAAUGCUCGCGUAUACAAGUUCGACGAGAAAGGCGAUUUAAAAUCUUCAGAUUCUCCCUAUAAGCCGACAGUGACAUCACUUUAACCGGAACUGAGAUUAUUGCUUAUCUGUGAACUCUGGUAUUCAUGUAGCUUAUGAAUCAUUAAGUCUGUCGCACACGGAAAAGUAUAUAUCUAAUUAAUAGUGCCUCAGUACUCUAGCUCUAAGAAAUACAUUUAUGACGACGAUAUAAAUCAUUAAGUUUAACCCCCACUUCCAAGUACUUUCAUAUUUACAAAGUGCCA